AUGAGCCCGUCGCGGUUUAUUUCGAGAGUUCGCGACGUCUUCGACAAGGCCUCCAACAAAAUCCGGCAAAGUCCCUCCUACCACGGCUCCAUCAUGCGCUCGAGCCACCUCAGCCCAAAACGGAUGCGAAUGGUUGAUGAGCUUCAAAAGGAACUCCUCGCCAGCCGAUCCCGCGACCAAGCCGAAGAAUCGAUCUCAUCGUAUGAAGUGGAAGAACCUGACGAGGGCAUCGGGAGCUCGAUCUCAAACGCCAGCACUGGCCCGGAUACUCAACUCGAUGAUCUCUUAUGCCAAUUGAAUCUCAGAAAAGUCGCAAAAUUCGAGCCAAAAUUCCCGGAAAUCGACGCCGAUUCUGACGAUGAAGGCGGGGUCUUGACGGAAGAGCGGAAGGAGGAAAGAGCGGAGAAGCAUGGUCAGAAAACUUGCGAAGAGGAGGUGGAGACGCUUGCCGAUGGAACGGAAGUUAGAAGAAAGAAGACCCGGACGGUGAAUAUGUCACAAAGUAGUCGUCAGGUGGUGAUCAGCACCCGUGGCGGCAACGGCCCGAUGCUCCCCUUGGCGAGGAUGCGCCGGGAUCGGGCCAACUUUUUGGGGCCCGAGGAACCCUCAAUUGUCAAUGACGGCGAGAAGAAUGGGAGUGAGCCCGGACAAUCACAGAAGACGAGGACGGUCGAAGCCACUAGCGAGAUUACACAAAGCGUUGCCCAGAAAACCCAGAAAAACGGCCGAACUCUUGCUGAAAACGCCGCACACAAAAUUGAUACCACCGACUUGAAAGCGAAGCAGAUCGAUACCUUUAGGGACAAACAACUAAUCGAUCGGAAAGGAGACGGAACCUAUGAAGAAGCCACAAUAGUCCGAGGAGGGCUGCCAGGAAUCGAGAGAAAUCCACACGACUCCCCCGUAAAGAAGCACGUCGUGGAAUAUAUUCAGACGUUUGACGAAGAAGGACCCGAAUGCCGACGAGAGUUUUUGAGGGGCACAACGCUGGCGACUUUUCCAAAUUAU